AUGCGUGCUAUGCUAUUUAUCUUAUGGCUUUCAGCCUUGAACAACAAUGGGGCCGGGGUUUACGCACAAUCCAUCAAGCCACUAGACCAGCCGAUCAAGGCAAUAUCUAGUGGUGAGUUUGGCUUACCCCAGGGACUCCAUGUUCACCUGCACAGCAAAAUCUCAGCCUUUGGGCGGGAUGGGGAAGCUAUUGUUCGGGGAACCUACCAGAGCCCCCCCUCGAAGCAGCCAGGUACCGCAAUCAAAAGCGAUACAAAUCGUCGCGGUAUUCUGUCGUGGUUCGUGUGGGCAGCCACCAAGGUUUUCAUCGCCCCCAUGAAUUGGGUAACUGGUCUGGGUGUCGCCAGUGAGGUGACAUGUCAUGUUCUAGGCUGGUGGCUUGAUGCUCCCAAUUGGCUACAAUAUGCCUGCGCUGCAAUUGGAAUCACCACGGGCGCGCUCUCUGUCUGGGACGGACGCGCCGACCUCGCCGUCGCAUGGAAUGACUGGAGAGAAGCGGUGUCAGACUCCCUUACAAGCGUGGAGCUAGUGCCAUUUUUUGACUAUUAUGGCCAAGUUGUCGCUAAUGGAGGUCGUCGUCGAGAUCUUCCCCGUGCGGCACGCGGCCAUGAAACUGGCUACUACGAUUGGUCAGUUCUCCAUCCUCACUUGGCAAACAGGACGGUCAGCAACAUGCUGUCUGGGAAUCGAAGCAUCAUGCAUGAUGUCAACCGCAACUAUACAAUCAUCACAAUGGCACAUGUGAUCAACGCCACCGAUGAGAACCCCAUACUGGUUCAGCGUUCCAUCAACGGGACUUUACUAGGUGCGCCCGUGUCUAUGUUUUAUGUAAAUGGCACUGGAAGUUCGGCCGGUCUCGGUGCUUUCAAUGCGUUCGACAAACCUGCAGCAUCGCGCAAGCGCACUAGUGAUGGAGACUGUGAUGGAUACAGUGACGAUCUGGACGUGUAUGCUGAUAAUGUGGCACUUUGUGCGGGAGGUGGCACGGAGACAGUGGAUGGUGGUGUUACCGGUGUUUACUACGGCUUGGAUUUCUAUGGAACCGAGGCUCAGUGGAAAGAGUACGAUGCCGACGCUGGAGGUCAAUACCCAGACAGCAAUGGUCUUUGGGAACUUUCUAAUGACCUUACGAUAAAAUCGGAAGACGAAUCGUGGUGGCGUGCUUGCCUUUGCGACGAGGAGAGCGGGGAUUAUUCGUGGACUGGGGCAUUGCAAUACACCUGGAAUGGAGGCUACAAUGGUUACAGUGACUGCUACUCUGCCACUUGCGGAGGGUACACUGCUUGA